CUCAAGUCCCAUUCUUACAUUAAUUUGAUUCCCUUUAAAAAUACUAGUGAUCGAUCACAAAGUCAAACAGCUGCUAACCUUAUCUUCUUCGUCUUCUUCACUUCAAGAACCAGACAGUAAUUAAUGAUCAUGGCUCAAGACAUGGAGGAUUGGAGUUUGCAGGCCAUAGUCAGAGGAUCAAGUGGUGAUUAUUCCAAGAUUGUGGAUAUUAAUGAUAUGGACGGUCUGGAUUCGUCUUUCGACGUCUCGGAAACUUGUCAUCAUCAUCAGAAGUUUGAUCUCGCCAGUUUUCCUGAAUUUUUCGAGUUACCGACGGGGUUUAGAGACGAAUUAGAAGAGCUUUACAAGCCGUUUUAUCCGGUUGCGGGUUCGGAUCCUGCUAAGACUACAACUGUUCUUGACUUUCAAGAACAGCUGCCGCAGGAGGUUAGUUCCGAGGAUAAGCUGGGUCCGGGACGAUCUGAUCAUUCGUCCGGGGCUGGUUUGCCGAGUAGGGUUACGGCUGGAUAUACACCAAAAUACAAGAGAAGGAAGAAUCAGCAUAAAAGAGUGGUGAUUCAGGUUUCUGCUGAGGGUCUUGCUUCUGACAUGUGGGCUUGGCGCAAAUAUGGCCAGAAACCUAUCAAGGGCUCACCCUAUCCAAGGAGCUAUUACAGGUGUAGCAGCUUAAAGGGUUGUUUGGCAAGGAAGCAAGUUGAACAAAGCUGCGCGGAUCCAGGAAUGUUUAUCAUAACCUACACGGCGGAGCACAGCCACAGCCAGCCAACCAGGCGGAAUUGCUUGGCUGGUACAGUCAGGCAGAAAUUCCCAUCCCGGGCAAAGAGCCCGACUAGCAGGAGGGUCAAACAAGAAACAACUGAUCAGGAAUCGACCUCGUCGGGUUCUCCAAAAACCCCUCAGCAGGUUUCAUCCACUGAAGUCGCGUUUGCAGGUGCAAGAGUCAAAGAAGAGAACUGUAGAGAGGAAACAGAAGCACGAGGUAAGGGAGAAAGCCCUGAAAGCUAUGACGAUUUUAUCAUGUCCGACUUUGUGUUCAACGAGGAUUUCUUUUCGGGCUUCGAAGAUUUUGAUGGAAUUUUCACGGACCUGCCUGUCUGCCAGAAUUCUGCGCAACAGUUUCCCGUAAGAUCGUGCACGUAGCUGAUUUUAGGAAAUUGUGGGACCCUAAUUCAUCUAGGAUACAUGUUUGUACCUUAGGAUACGCAAUUGCUUCAAAUGAAGCUUUGAAUUUUGUCCAUGAUCAGUUGCGUAUAUACCAUUUCAGUUUCAUCAGAACUAUACAGAGUGGAAACAAGACAAUCCAUGUGAUGAACAUUAAUCUGUUAGUACGCUGUUUUUGUUAAUGCAGAAUCAAUGAUUUUCGUAAGCAGAUAACUAGAACUAGUAGUUUUUUGGAUGUAAGUAUGUCUCAGACAUCCAUGUAUGUUAGUUACUGGUUUCUUACAGGUAAACAUCUAGCUUAAUUCUA